AUGGCUUUCCAAUUGUGGCAAACCUAUAAACAUCUCAUCUUCAGGACCCAUUAUCCAAACCACAUUUGGGCUUGUGAUGGUCACAAACAAUUAAAGAGUUUUGGUAUGAUGGGCUAUGGAUUCCUUGGGGCCUGGUCUUGCCAAUUUCUAGGCCUCCACCUCCAUGUGACAAAUAACGCCCCUCAGCACCUUGGAAUAACAUCCUUCAUGGCCUCCAUCGGAGGGAUCAAUGUUGAUGCUGCAUCUCCAUUGACAGUGACCCUAUUUUUGUCCACUGUGCAAGAACUCUUCAGGUCACCAUGA